AUGAUGGAUUGUGUGGAAGAUACUAAUCAUGAUCCCCUGUCGACCCACUCGACAGCACCUCAAACCCCCCAGGGGUCUGCUGAUCCUAAAUUGGAGAGGAAGAAGCCUAAUGAGAAUGUCUCGUUAGCUGAUAACAGCUUACUGGUGGAUAUAUCAGAUGCCCUCAGUGAGAAAGAGAAGGUCAAGUUCACUGUCCACACAAAGACUACACUGCCCGAGUUCCAGAAGUCAGAGUUCAUAGUUGUACGUCAACAUGAAGAAUUUGUUUGGCUGCACGACCGAUACGAGGAAAAUGAAGAAUAUGCUGGAUAUAUUAUUCCACCUGCACCUCCGCGACCAGACUUUGACGCGUCGCGAGAGAAACUGCAGCGUCUCGGAGAAGGAGAAGGCGCACUCACCCGAGAAGAGUUUCUUAAAAUGAAAGAAGAACUUGAGGAUGAAUACUUGGCUACCUUCAAGAAGACCGUGGCAAUGCAUGAAGUAUUCCUACAACGUUUGGCUGCACACCCAGUGUUUAGGAACGAUGCCCAUCUACGCGUGUUUCUAGAGUAUGAGCAAGAUCUGUGCGCCAAGCCAAGAGGCAAAAUGGACCUUAUUGGGGGACUCAUGCGUUCUAUGACAACCACAACAGACGAGAUAUACCUGGGCGCGACCGUCCGCGACGUGAACGACUUCUUCGAGCAGGAGACGACCUUCCUGCAAGAGUAUUACUCUCAUCUGAAGGAAGCUGUCGCCAAGGUGGACAGAAUGACCUCCAAACAUAAAGAGGUAGCCGAUGCCCACAUCAAAUUGUCAUCGUGCAUAACUCAGCUGGCUACUAGGGAGCAGCCAUCAACUGAGAGGUUCCUCACCCGAGCUGCAGAGACUUUUGACAAAUGUCGGAAAAUCGAGGGUCGCAUGGCUUCAGACCAAGACCUGAAACUGGCAGACACUCUUCGUUACUACAUGAGAGAUGCUCACGCAGCUAAAGCCGUGUUGGUGAGGAGACUCAGGUGUUUAGCAGCGUAUGAGGCUGCCAACAGGAAUUUGGAGAAGGCCAGAGCUAAAAACAAAGAUGUACAUGCUGCUGAGCAAGCUCAGGCAGACGCUUGCGCCAAGUUCGAGCAGUUAUCAGCGCGCGCUCGGGAAGAGCUGAUAGACUUCCGCACCAGGAGAGUUUCUGCCUUCCGGAAGAGUCUCAUCGACCUAGCCGAACUGGAGAUCAAACACGCACGCGCUCAACAGGAACUAUUUAGAAAGUCGUUACAGGUGCUCAAGGAAUGCCAAUAG